AUGUCGCAAUCGCAGUCCGAGCUUCGCCGACAAGGCAUACAUGAGAAGGCUCGCGUCAAGAUGAUGGAAGAUUUCGAGCGGCAGAAGGCCGAUCUGGCAAAGGAGGCGGAACGUAAUCGGACUGGCUCUGACCGUUUCGUGGGCAAGAACGACUCAAUGGAAGAUGCGCUGAAGAAGUCGACAGUAGGUCUCGUUCAUCUCGAAGACUUCCAAAAGCUGCGAUCUGAACUCGAGGAGGAGAAGCGUAGAGAGGCAGCACGCACCAACGAACUGAAAGCGGACGACAGAGCUGCUAAGAAGAACAAGAAGGUCAAGAAAGAGAAGGCAAAACUUUCGUUUGCUUUCGAUGACGAAGAGGAAGACAGUGGUGUUGUACCGUCGACAACACAAGCAUCAUUAACAAACGGCAAGAGAAAGCGAAAGUCAAAUGACAAUCCGGCCAAUGGCGACAGCCUUAACGAUCCCGAGGAAGACUCGCCGCCAAUCACCAAGAAGACAAGCCUGAAGAACCCCAACGUCGAUACAUCUUUCCUUCCGGAUCGAGAUCGCGAAGAGGCCGAGAGACGUAUGCGUGAAGAGCUACGGCAGGAAUGGCUCAGGAAGCAGGAAGAGAUGAAGAAGGAAGACGUCGAGAUCACAUACUCUUACUGGGAUGGGACAGGUCACCGAAAGACCGUCAUGUGUAAGAAGGGGGAUACCAUCGCACACUUCCUCGAACGCUGUCGACAACAAGUCUCCGAGCUACGUGGAGUGUCGGUGGACAGUAUGAUGUACAUCAAAGAAGAUCUCAUCAUCCCACAUCACUAUAGCUUUUACGACUUCAUCGUCAACAAAGCAAGAGGCAAAUCUGGUCCACUCUUCAACUUUGACGUACAUGACGACAUCCGACUCGUAGCAGAUGCCAGCGUCGAGAAGGACGAAUCACACGCCGGUAAGGUUGUUGAAAGGUCAUUCUACAACCGAAACAAGCACGUCUGGCCUUAUAGUCGCUGGGAAGUGUAUGAUCCGAAGAAGGACUAUGGCAACUAUACCAUUCACGACCGCAAAAAGUAG